CCCAAACCAAAACCCCCGCGAGAACCUUCCUCCUCUCCUCUCCGGCUGUCCUUCUCACCCGCGACCGGCGCUCAUGGAGGCCACAGCCGCGUCGACGCGGCCUCUCUUCCUCCUGGCGCCCUCCCCGCCGCUGGUAAGCACGGUGCGCCUCUCCCUUCGCGUGGGGAGGCGCCGGCUCGUAGCCGCGGGGGCCAGGAAGAAGAGGGGGCGGCAGGACGGGGAUGCGGGGGAGGAGAGGGUGGACGCGCACAGCUUCAACCCCAAGGACGGCGAGGUCACCGGGCCAUUCCCCGAGGCCGUGCUUCUGAGAAAGAAAAAGGUGAAAGAGGACGGUGAAGCUUUGCCAGAAUUCGCGGACGCCGAAGAAGAAAAGCUAUACGAGCUUCUUAACAUUCAGCUAGAGAGUGGUUUAAAUUUGCAAAGAAUGCGGCACUAUGAAGUUGUUUACCUCAUUCACGAGGACCGUGUGGAAGAAGUUGAAGACGUUGUAUCCAAAGUACAAGACUUUAUCAGAGAGAAGAAAGGAAGGAUUUGGAGGGUUAACAACUGGGGACUGCGUAGACUUGCUUACAAGAUAAAGAAAGCAACGCAUGCCAACUACAUCCUAAUGAACUUUGAGAUACAGGCACAAUCCAUAAAUGAUUUCAAGACUCUGCUAGAUAAGGAUGAAAGAAUCAUUAGACACCUUGUGAUGAAACGAGAUGAGGCGAUUACUGAAGACUGCCCUCCUCCACCAGAGUUCCACGCAAUGCGAUCUCAACAGUUGGAUGAUGAAUAUAUUGAUGAGGAAUAUGGGAAGGCGGACGAUGCGGAUGAUGAGGCUGAACUAGAGUCUUUUGGCAAUGUUGACGAUGAUGUUGAAGAUGGCGAUGAACCUGAAAUCAUUCUUGUUGAUGAAGUUGACGAUGACAAUGCUGAAGACCUCAGAAGAAGAAAUAGGAAGGUGAAACUGGAGAAGUAUACGUUGGAGAAGGUCUUGAGGUAGCAUGUGUAUCUACUUUAUGGUUUAGUUCUUAUACAAAGGAACACUUGUAUGUUGAAGAAGUAAUUAUAUUAGGUGUUUUCCCUGUACCAAUGACCACUAUUACGAUGGUAGUAAUUAGUGAGAUAAGCUCAUCAGGUCAUCUCCCUAAA